AGCCCGAGCCCGAGCCCGAGCGCGAGCCGAGCGGAGGAGACCCUGCGGCGCGCGGCGGCGGCUCCCGGGCGUCCCGGGCCCGGUGGCGGCGCGGCUCUGGUUGGCUGAGCGCCGCGGGCCGCCCCCGCCCGCCCCCUCCCCUGCUCCCCUCCCCCGCCUCCCGCGGCGGCUGGCGUCGGGAAAGUACAGUAAAAAGUCCAAGUGCAGCCGCCGGGCGCAGGAUGGGAUCCGGCUCCUCCAGCUACCGGCCCAAGGCCAUCUACCUGGACAUCGAUGGACGCAUUCAGAAGGUAAUCUUCAGCAAGUACUGCAACUCCAGCGAUAUCAUGGACCUGUUCUGCAUCGCCACCGGUCUGCCUCGGAACACAACCAUCUCCCUGCUGACCACUGACGACGCCAUGGUCUCCAUCGACCCCACCAUGCCCGCGAAUUCAGAACGCACUCCCUACAAAGUGAGACCUGUGGCCAUCAAGCAACUCUCUGAGAGAGAAGAAUUAAUCCAGAGCGUGCUGGCGCAGGUUGCAGAGCAGUUCUCAAGAGCAUUCAAAAUCAAUGAACUGAAAGCUGAAGUUGCAAAUCACUUGGCUGUGCUAGAGAAACGCGUGGAAUUGGAAGGACUAAAAGUGGUGGAGAUUGAGAAAUGCAAGAGUGACAUUAAGAAGAUGAGGGAGGAGCUGGCGGCCAGAAGCAGCAGGACCAACUGCCCCUGUAAGUACAGUUUUUUGGAUAACCACAAGAAGUUGACUCCUCGACGCGAUGUUCCCACUUACCCCAAGUACCUGCUCUCUCCAGAGACCGUCGAGGCCCUGCGGAAGCCGACCUUUGACGUCUGGCUUUGGGAGCCCAACGAGAUGCUGAGCUGCCUGGAGCACAUGUACCAUGACCUCGGGCUGGUCAGGGACUUCAGCAUCAACCCCGUCACCCUCAGGAGGUGGCUGCUCUGCGUCCACGACAACUACAGAAACAACCCCUUCCACAACUUCCGGCACUGCUUCUGCGUGGCCCAGAUGAUGUACAGCAUGGUCUGGCUCUGCAGUCUCCAGGAGAAGUUCUCACAAACAGAUAUCCUGAUCCUAAUGACAGCGGCCAUCUGCCACGACCUGGACCAUCCCGGCUACAACAACACGUACCAGAUCAACGCCCGCACAGAGCUGGCGGUCCGCUAUAAUGACAUUUCACCGCUGGAGAACCACCACUGCGCCGUGGCCUUCCAGAUCCUCGCCGAGCCCGAGUGCAACAUCUUCUCCAACAUCCCAGCCGAUGGGUUCAAGCAGAUCCGACAGGGAAUGAUCACGUUAAUCUUGGCCACUGACAUGGCAAGACAUGCAGAAAUUAUGGAUUCUUUCAAAGAGAAAAUGGAGAAUUUUGACUACAGCAACGAGGAGCACAUGACCCUGCUGAAGAUGAUUUUGAUAAAAUGCUGUGAUAUCUCUAACGAGGUCCGUCCAAUGGAAGUCGCAGAGCCUUGGGUGGACUGUUUAUUAGAGGAAUAUUUUAUGCAGAGCGACCGUGAGAAGUCAGAAGGCCUUCCUGUGGCCCCGUUCAUGGACCGAGACAAAGUGACCAAGGCCACAGCCCAGAUUGGGUUCAUCAAGUUUGUCCUGAUCCCAAUGUUUGAAACAGUGACCAAGCUCUUCCCCAUGGUUGAGGAGAUGAUGCUGCAGCCGCUUUGGGAAUCCCGAGAUCGCUACGAGGAACUGAAGCGGAUAGAUGAUGCCAUGAAAGAGUUACAGAAGAAGACUGACAGCUUGACGUCUGGGGCCACCGAGAAGUCCAGAGAGAGAAGCAGAGAUGUGAAAAACAGUGAAGGAGACUGUGCCUGAGGAAAGCGGGGGUCGUGGCUGCGGUUUCACACGGGCUGGCCAAGCUGCGCGGGAUCCUUGUGCAGGGAAGAGCUGCCCUGGGCACCUGGCACCACAAGGCCAUGUUUUCUAAGAACCAUUUUGUUCACUGAUACAAAAAAAAAAAUGGAAUUCAUGAUGCUGUACAGAAUUUUAUUUUUAAACUGUCUUUUAAAUAAUAUAUUCUUAUACGGAAA